AUGGCCGGAAGAAACGCUGGGAGGAAUGAUGAGGCUCUUGCUGGAGCUAUGCAGGCAAUGGCUCAGGCGUUCCAGAACCCACCCAAUGCUGACGAGAACGUGGGGUCUCGUAGUCUGGCGACGUUUCAGAGGGAGAACCCGCCUACUUUUCUGGGUAGGUAUGAUCCUGAAGGAGCCUUGGCUUGGUUGAAGGAGAUUGAAAGAAUCUUCAGAGUGAUGGAUUGCACUCUUGUGCAAAAGAUCCGUUAUGGAACUCAUAAGCUGUCAGGUGAAGCCGAUGAUUGGUGGGUGGACACUCGUCUAAGGUUGGAAACUGCGGGCGAGGAGAUUACUUGGGAAGUGUUUCGUAGAGAAUUUCUGAGGAAGUAUUAUCCAGAAGAUGUGCGAGGAAAGAAAGAGAUUGAAUUCCUCGAGUUGAAGCAAGGGAACUUGUCAGUCACGGAGUAUGCUGCUAAGUUCACUGAAUUGGCUAAGUUCUAUCCUCACUAUGAUGUAGCCAAUGCCGAAUUCUCUAAGCGCAUCAAGUUUGAAAAUGGAUUACGUCCGGAAAUUAAGAAAGUUGUGGGAUAUCAAAAAAUUCGUGUCUUUGCGGAUCUGAUUGAUAGUUGUAGAAUCUUUGAAGAGGACAACAAUGCACACUAUAAGAUCUUGUCUGAGAAGAGAGGAAGGGGCCAACACAGUCGUGGUAAGCCAUAUGAAACUCCGGUUGGAAAAGGGAAACAGAAAAUGAUUCCGGGUCGAAGAAUAAGUGGGGGAGAUGCUCCUGCUAAUGUUAUCUGUUUCAAGUGUGGAAAGCCGAGUCACAAGAGUAAUGUGUGUAGGCUUGGUGAAACGAGAUGUUUCCGUUGUGGUAUGCCGGGACAUGCGGCUCGUGAUUGUAAGCAGAAGGAUGUUGUUUGCUUUAACUGUGGGGAGGGAGGACAUAUCAGUGCUAAAUGUCAGAAGCCAAAGAGGGGACAAGAGAGUGGUAAAGUGUUUGCUUUGUCGGGAACUCAGACUACAAAUGAAGAUGGACUUGUUCGAGGUACUUGUUUCAUUAAUAACAUUCCUUUAAUUACUAUUAUUGAUACCGGUGCCACACACUGCUUUGUUGCUGCGGAUUAUGUUGAGAGAUUGGGUCUUUCUUUGUCUUCCUUGGGUAGAGAUAUGAUUGUUGAGGUUCCCGCUAAGGGAACGGUAUCUACGUCUCUUGUGUGUAAGAGUUGCCCCUUGUCAAUAUUUGGUAAAGAUUUUGUGGUUGAUCUUGUUUGUUUGCCGCUUGUCGGGUUGGAUGUAGUAUUGGGUAUGGACUGGUUGAAAUCCAACUAUGUUCAUAUUAAUUGCUACAACAACACUGUGAGGUUUUCUUCUGCCGAAGAAGAGGGAAGAACAGAAUUGUUAUCCAAGAAACAAUUGAAGGAGUUCAUAGAAGAAGACGCGUUGGUGUUCUUGUUGAUGGCAAGCUUGUCUGUGGAGAGUCAGGCUGUAAUUACGGACAUGCCGGUGGUGUGCAAUUUCCCUGAAGUUUUUCUCGAUGAGAUUCCUAGUGCACCGCCAGAAAGAGAAGUUGAGUUCACUAUUGACCUUGUACCUAGUACUAGACCCAUCUCUAUGGCGCCGUAUAGGAUGUCAGCAUCAGAGUUGGCUGAACUGAAGAGUCAGCUAGAGGAUUUGCUUGAAAGGAAGUUUGUGAGACCUAGUGUCUCACCUUGGGGAGCUCCAAUUUUGUUGGUGAAAAAAAAAGACGGAAGCAUGCGACUUUGUAUUGAUUAUAGAUAA